ACAUGGCACCAGCCAUUGGGCCUCUGCAAACACGCCACUGGCUGAGUCAGCAGCUGGAGUGGCAAGGGUAAGAAGAAAUUGACUAGCCCAGAUUCACACCCUUCUGCAUCUCUAAGGGGAUGGUGCUCUCUCUACACCUCCAAACGGGGCAAGCUGGGGCUUUUACACUUUGAUCUGGCGAAGAGGAGUCUCAGCCGGUUUAUUUUCUAGCAUGGAGAGGAUUAUCGGGGAAUUGCUGCUCCGCCAGCCAGGUGAGUAUUUGCACCAGCGAUGAGCCAGAUCCCCAGCUGGUGUAGACAGACCUAAGUGGAGCUACACCUGAUUGACACAGCAGCUGGGGAUCUGCACCUAUUGACUCUCAUGGAGCUGAGGAUAUGGAAUUUUUAUUUUUAUUAUGUCACUGAAAAUGCUGGUUGGUCGUGUCGAUGAAGAGGACAAGGGGAGGGGGGAAAUGUACGGUAAACCCGCCCUGAUUGCUACAUCUCCGAUUCCGGACCCAAUGGGAAGCGCAGAACGGGAAGGAGGUCAGGGUGGUACCUCUGCCUGGAAUUGGCACCGCGAGUCUGACACAGUGACAUCCAUCCGGCGAAGCACUGAGGAUGCUGGGACCAGGCUGCAGGGAGCCAUGGAGGGCUUUAGGGUUCGGCUCUGGUUCCACCUCUGGCUGAUUGGACAUCCACUGAGUCUGGAAUAAGGCAGCAUCCAAAGAAGGGCAACUGAUCAGAGCAAAACACACCCCAGAGCUCCUAGGAAGAGAUGGGGAAAGGCACGCAGAGGGAGAAAACAGAGCCAGAGAAGCCGCUUAAAGACCAAGGCGAUGCAGAGAAAGGAGCAAAGCCAGAUUAUGCCCCGGACGCCGUUUGCAAAACUCUCUCAUCCCGUAAAGCCAUAACUGCAGUCGCAUGCUUGAUGAGUAUCAUGACCAUCGUCAUCCUCAUUCUGAUAGUAGCUCUGGCAGUGGUAAUGUCUCGUGUCCCUGAGCCUCUUUUUUCGGAACCCUGCUGCCCGGACAGGUGGGUCGGGUACCAAGGGAAAUGUUACUAUUUCUCAGAAGUGGAAGGGAACUGGGAAUCCAGUCAGCACCACUGCUCUUCACUGGGUGCCUCCCUGGCUGAGAUCGACACUUUGCAGGACCUGAAAUUCCUGAUGCGCUACAAGGGGCCCACUUACCACUGGAUCGGCCUGCGGCGGGAAGAAAACCAGCCCUGGAAGUGGAUGAACGGGACAGAAUUCAACAGCAUGUUUGAGGUGAAGGGAGGAGGAAGCUGCGCGUAUCUGAACGACGUGGCCGUCAUCUCCUCGAGGUGCCAGACGGAGAAGAACUGGGUCUGUAGCAAACCCAGCCUGCAUCUGAAGAAGGGCUAGACCGGGAUGGAACAGAAGAGGCCUUGAAAGGGUGAGGCUCACCCUUGGCGAAGGCAGCCGACAGGCAUAUGGCCCACGAAAACCACCGGGUUGCUUUCCCAGCUAUGCUCACUGUGCUGUUGGCAUGUAAACGACGCCCUUCUUCCCACAUGUAGCUUGCAACCCCAUUUAUGCUGCCUCAGUGCUUAAUUUGUAAUGACUAGGGUGACCAGAUGACAAGAACAAAAUAUCGGGACACUUAGGUGGGGGCAGCCACGGGCUCACCCCCCCUCCUGCCCCCACUGGAGCCAUGUGGGGAGGGGGAUACAAAGCCUGAGGAAGCCGCGGGUUGAGGGUGCAUGGCCUCGUGCCCUCCCUGCCCCCCAAGCACACGGCCCCGGCUCCUGCCCACAGCCCCGCCGCUUACCUGGGGGACGGUUCCCACCCACUGGGAAGCACCUGGCAGGUUCCUCUGGCUCCUCGGGUCAGCGGCGGCCAGCGGGGUCUCCACUCCACGUGCUGCGCCUGCCACAAGCACUGGCUCCGGCUGCCAUUGGCUGGAAGCUGUGAGGGCGGGACUUACUUGGGGGUGUGAGUAGCACGCAGCGUCCCUGUCUGCGCCCACAGCUCCCAUUGGCCGCGAUGGAGCCGGCGCUCGUGGUAGGUGGAGCACGCAGACGCACACGCCCCUGGCCGCCCCUGUGCCUAGGGGCCGCAGGGUCCUGCUGCCCGCCGUUUCCCGGGAGCCGCCCCAAAUAAGCACCGCCGGGACCCCAGGUGAGCGCUCACCAGUGUCCUUCUCCAGCCCCGAGCCAAAACUUCGGGACAAAUGGCGUCGGGACCUGAGACAAACAACUAAAUAUUGGGACAGUCCCGAUGUUAUCGGGAUGUCUGGUCACCCUAGUAAUGACAGCUGCCGGGGCUUAAGCCAUUUUUUUUUUACAUUCAUAACUGAUGUAAUGCCAUGGCACAAAUUAAGCACUGUGCUGCUUCUGAAUUUGCCCCAAUGCCUUAAUCAGAGGCAGUGGAGUGUGUGGCAGAGCACAAGAACGGCCAGACUGGUCCAGACCAAUGGCCCAUCUAGCCCAGUAGCCUGUCUUCCGACAGUGGCCAGGGCCAGGUGCCCCAGAGGGAAUGAACAGAACUGGGCAACUCUUGAGCAAUCCGUCCUCUGUCAUCCACUCCCAGCUUCUGGCAAACAAAGGCUAGGGACAUUCAAAGCUAGUCUGCACUAGAAUUGCUACUAAUCAUUGGGGGCACAGAAUUCCUCCAGCCCAGGGGCCAUGGUGGCAGGGAAAGCAAGCUCCUCCUGGCUGCACGGAGGAGAGUGAGCUCCUGCCAGAGCCCGGACAGGGAGGGAGAGAGGGAAGAGCCAGGGGGGAGCACAGAAUGCGUAGCACCCAAAAUGAGGUCAGAGUUAAAUUUCUGCACACACCCCUGUCUGCGCCUGGCGAUAGCUUUGUCAGUGAGACAUGUCUCUCAUCAACAUAGCGUUGUCCACACCAGCACUUAGGCUGGUGUAACUUACAUCGCUCGGGGGGGUGUUUUUUUCACACCCCGAGCGACAUAUGUUAUUCCGACCUUAGUGCUAGUGUAUACAAACCCUCAGAGCAUGGGGGUGCAUCCCUGACCCUCUUGGCUAACAGCCAUUGUUGAACCUGUCCUUCAGGAACUUACCGACUUCAUUUUGAACCCUGUUAUAGUUUUGGCCCUCACAACAUCCCCUGGCAAUGAGUUCCACAGGUUGAGGGUGUGUUGUGAUAGCCAGAUCCCCUCUGCCUAUCCCACCCAGUUCUUUUCUUACACUAAGAAUCUCUGUACCUGGUAAGAAAGUUCAGACAUUUGUUAAGGGAUCCAGCCCAGUUUCCCCAGCCACAUAAUCCUCCUUCAGCACUGACUGUUGCCUCAUUUGGUUUACACCAUCUACCCAAAGUGGACCCUACUCUCUAAAACAUACACAAUCGUGAGAAGAACAAAUUCCUGGGAGAUUAUUGGAAGACCCUUAAAUGAGGACUGGGCCUACACAAUCACCUAGUCAUUUGUUAUUGUGACCUUUGUGUAUAUAUUUGCAAAUGAUGUUAACGCCAGCCCCCUGCAUUUAAAAAUUAGUCAGGUCUCCAAAAUCACAAGAUUAUUGGAAAUAAUCAUGAGAUGUUUUUAAACUAAAUCAUGGAUUGUUUUAUUAGUUUUCUGAGCCGCUGGGGGUUAUGUUUCCAGACUUUUCUCCAUAAGCCCAAGAGGUAGAAACUUAGGGCCAGGGGCGAAUUAAUGCACAGGUCCACCAGAAUCUGUGUGGAAGCCGGGGGGGCCACUAGUGCCUGCCCCUGCUCCACCUCUUCCUCCAAGGCCCCACCCCCCUGGCCAGGCCAGAAGCCAGACCCAGGCCAUGGUAAAGAGCCACCCAGGGAGUCAGGCCGCUGUGGGGCGCACCAGACCCGCCACCUGCCUUGUGGCGGAGGUUGGUGGGCCCAAGAGCCUAGCCCCCCAGCCUGUGUCCCCACUGUCCUGGGGUGCGCCGGCCAGAGUAGGUGGAAGUAGGGUGACCUGAUGUCCCAAUUUUAUAGGGACAGUCCAGAUUUUGGGGUCAUUUUCUUAUAUAGGCUCCUAUUACCCCCCAUCCCCGUCCCGAUUUUUCACAUUUGCUGUCUGGUCAGCCUACAGCAGCCUGAGUUCCCUGGAUGGCUCUUACCACGGGGCCUCGUGGAGGGAGGAGGAGCAGGGGGCGGAGCCCCGUGGCGAGGGAGCUGUGAGGGCGGGGUCCAAAUAUUCUUUGUGCCCAGGGCCCCAAUAAAUCUUAAUCUGCCUCUGCUUAGGGCUUGUACAUGCUACCACUUAUGUUGGCAUCACUUAUGUCACUCAGGGGUGUACACAAUUGCCAGCCCCUUGAGUGACGUAAGUUACACCAACCUAAGCCCCAGCGCGCACAGGGCUGCGUUGGCAGGAGCGCUUCUCCCGCCGAGGUGGGUUUAUUAUGCCGACGGGAGAGCGCUCUCCCAUCGGCAGAGAGCGUCUUCACCAGGCGCAAUGCGGCACCACGGCUGUGCAACGCUAGCCCUGAGCGAAAGCCGAGUUGCUCACAGGAUUCCAGGAGCUGGGACUUGCGAUCAAAUGAGGAGCCCAGGCAGCACCGAAAUUUUAGGGGAGCUUGGGAAAGUUGGGAGGGUGCUACGACUCAGGAGCUGUGCUGGUCAGCAUCAUCUGAUUACAUGGCAGAGGAUUAUAGGAUUGAUCCUUUAAUUGUUCUUUCUCAGCCAUCCUUUGUGGGGGGGUUGAACUUGUCUUUUAGCCUUGGCUUACUGAAUUGGCAAUUUUAUUACAUAACCUUCCACCCAUCAUUAUUAUAUGGCCAUGUUAUUGUGUAGGCUGUGAGCUUGCAUGCAAUUAAGCACACAAUUCAUGAUCAGCUACAAACAUACUUAUUGACUGCAAACUCUUUGGGGCUGAGACUGUCUCUCGCUCUGUGUCUGGGCAGCGCCCUCCACAACAGGGCCCUGAUCUCAGCUGGAGCCUUAAUCUCACUUUAUGACAUUAAGUAAUAAAUAAAAAUCUCGAAAGCAA